AUGACCAUCUAUACCGGGUCCAAGGGUAUGGUUGAGAGCUUUACACGGUGCUGGACGAAAGAUUUGCCGAGAAAAUAUGCGGCGCCUCCAGAGCUCCGAAAGUUGCUGGCUGCUGGGCUUGACAAGAUUCCAGUGGCAUCUCGUAUGGCGCAGCCGGAGGAGACCGCGUGGGCCGUCGCAAUGUUGUGCGAGGAGGAAGCCGGAUGGCUGAAUGUUCUCCGAUUCACCUUCUAUUCCAGCCCCAAAAUGACACCAAAUGCUGCCAUCCUCGAGCUAUCCAAACCAGAUCCGGAGUUUGAAAGGGUGCUCGUCUGCCGGUUACCUUCAGUGUCAGGAAGAGGUCCACAGCCCAAAAAGACUAAGAAUCCUGUCAUUCCAUGA